AUGUCGUCGCUAGCGCAUGUCAGUGACGAGGAGAACUGUGAGACGCUGGCGGGGUUGGUGAAGCGGCAGCGUCGACUGUGCAGGCGGAACGUGGAGCUGAUGGACAGCGUUCGAGUCGGUGCCAUGAUGGCCAUAGAAGAAUGCCAGUCGCAGUUCAAGUAUAGGCGCUGGAACUGUUCCACGGAGAGCAGUUCGAAACUUUUCGGCAACGUCAUUCUCAAGCAAGGUACCAGAGAAGCCGCAUUCGUACACUCCAUCUCUUCAGCUGGUGUAGCGCACGCCGUGACCCGGGCAUGCAGCAGUGGUCAGCUACAGAAGUGCGGCUGUGAUCGGACAGUACGCGGCCGUAGUCAGGACGGAUUCGAGUGGUCUGGGUGCUCUGACAACAUCGCCUACGGAAUAGCUUUUUCUAAAGUGUUCGUGGACGCCCGUGAGCGGGGCAAGAAGAAGCGGAACAAACCCCGGUCUGUGAUGAACCUUCACAAUAACGAGGCGGGCAGGAGG